AACGUUUUUGUUAAAGCUGUCUUGUAAUGUUUACUUCUUUCGCGUUCCGGCGUGUCCUCUCUGCUGAGCGCCACUGCUUGCCACAGAGGCCGUAUCUAACGUGUGAUAAAACCAUUUUACCCUCGAACGACUUGUUCAACAUACGGAUUUAUAUCGGUUGAGGGUUCAGUCGAUGCAUCGGUGUCUCUACACUCUAGUGUAGCCGUAAUCGAGAGCGAAGUGCCAAGAGAGAUCCGCUUUCAUGAUGGCGAUGUUCCGCAGUUUUGUGUCGGCUGCCCAGCUCAGGCAGCAUCACCAUCAGCAUCAGCAACAAAACGGGGCAGCUGCAGCCGCACCUGGUGAAAGCCUUGAGAGCCAAUUCUCCUGUCCAAUUUGCUUGGAGGUCUAUCAUAAACCUGUCAGCAUUGCGAGCUGCGCACACACGUUCUGCGGAGAGUGUCUGCAGCCAUGUCUUCAAGUGACGUCCCCCCUCUGUCCCCUCUGCCGCAUGCCUUUCGACCCAAAGAAAGUGGACAAGUCCUCCAGCAUAGAAAAGCAACUCUCCUCCUACAAGGCGCCCUGUCGGGGCUGCAGCAAAAAAGUCACCCUCAUGAAAAUGCGAACACACAUCUCGUCUUGCCCAAAGGUUCAGGAGCAGAUGGCAAACUGCCCAAAGUUUGUGCCCGUGGUGCCCACCGCACAGCCCAUACCCAGCAAUCUUCCAAACCGCUCAACCUUUGCGUGCCCGUUCUGUGGAGCUCGCAACCUGGACCAACAGGAGCUGGUGAAGCACUGCAUGGAGAACCACCGUAACGACCCCAACAAAGUGGUGUGCCCCGUCUGCUCUUCCAUGCCGUGGGGAGACCCCAGCUACAAGAGCUCCAACUUCCUGCAGCACCUCCUCCACCGACACAAGUUCUCCUAUGACACAUUUGUGGACUACAGCAUCGACGAGGAGGCCGCACUGCAGGCAGCCCUGGCCCUCUCGCUAGCAGAGAACUGAUCCUGCAGACUUCCAGCACCCCCCACGUCCCAAACCCGUCAACACGACCGCAUCUCCACAUCAGCAUCGCUGGCCCUAUCCUCUUCCUCCUUCUCCUCUCUCUCUCUCUUAUCGGGGGGAAACCUACAAUUUACAGUCACACUCCAUGCAGUCAUGCUGCAACCCCUUCAGAAAAUGAUGGGCCUUUUGUCGCCCCCUGGUGGUCUCUGUAGAGCCACUGCCCCCCCAACAACAGUUUCAUCACCUCACCUCCUGUGUCAAGGCCCUCACCUGGGCCUCUUCACCCUCAUACUUCACCUGGCUAUCAACCGAGCGUGUGUGUGUGUGUGUGUGUGUGUGUGUGUGUGUGUGUGUGUGUGUGUGUGUGUGUGUGCUUCUGAUGAAGUGAGGUUGGGGUGAGUCACAACCAUUGCUGAAAAUAUAGCAUGAGGACUGAAGUUUCUUUUCUUAACUUAAAAAAAAACAGCAUAAGUUUCUGACACAUGUAUGCAAAAAAGGACUCUGUUCUCUCUUCCACAAUGUUUCCCUUUUUGUUUCCUCUCUCUGCGCUAGUUUCCAUGUAGACAGGCGGCGCAAUAUCUCUUGAAACUGUAGGAGAACCCGUUAGAGCGCUGGUAUAUAGUUGUGCUGUUGAUGAAUAGCGAGCUUGCAUUUUGAUGGGUUUUGUAAUUUGUGUUGUUUUACAUCACGCAGCCAUUCAUCACAGGACAUUGUGAGCAUAGGGGCUAACCAUUACAGCUUAUGAUCGUUGGAGACAAAUGAACGCCAUGGCAACAGCCUCACUUUCAUCAGACUGCUCUACCAUGUAAAGUUCUUUUUCCUUUGGUGCCGCAAGCCACGUCGUCCUGUUGGUACUAAUCAGUUUCCCUGUUCAGAGAGGGUGCAAGUUAACAGUGCCAGACAGAACCAAUAGAGCCCGGACAGCGAGGCAACAUGAUUACCUCCAGCUAUCAUCAUCAUCAUACAGCAUCAAACAGCAACCAAUGGAUCAUCCCCACUUCCUCUGACACCCACAGUUUUUUAAUCCACAUUGUUGUGAAUACUUGCACUUGUCACAGUUUUUCUACAUGAACCAAUUCUCUAGUAUCGAUCUUAUUUUCUAGUUUACUAACAGAAUUCUAGUACUUGCAUUGAAUCUUCACUUCUGCUGUUACCUGGUUAACUUGCUACAAUAAUAUUUUUACAAAGCAUCAGAUAAAGAUAAAGAGGAAAAAAGUAUCUAUUUUUGGAAAACGUUUCAGUUAAAAAAAAAAUGGUGCACUAAUAACAAGAACGUCAAACAUGUCUUUAAUCACUUGGGGAUGUGUUGGUUUCUUUUACCUUCUUUUAAUGUACCCUUUAAGGGGGGAUCUGACUGCCACACAAGUUUGACGGGCAGUGGCAGCGUUGGAGCGUGCAUGGCCACAUUUUGCCACAAGAGGUCAGCGUUGGUUCAGACAUUAGUCUGCAGGCGCAGCCAGGCUGCUUUGAGCUCAGUGUCAUGCGGUUGUUGAUGUUUGUAUUCAUUUAUUUUGUCGUAUUUUCUUAAUCAAGAGCCUGCAUGUGUGUGGCCAGAUGCAGUACUGUAAGUCAAUCGCAUGCACAGUGCCCUCAUUGAGCUCUGCGAAGGAGGUGAAAGGGUCUAUUUGAAAUAAGUGAUCGGUGGAUGUACAUAAGUGGACAUAAUCAUUUGUAUAUUGAUCUUUUUUGCAGCUUAAGUCUACAGUUUAGAUGUCUGAUGGAUGGUAUAACGUGGUAUUGGCCAAAAAAAAAAACUGGGUGUUGUAUUUUGGUCCAUGGCUUGAGAUGUUUGUAAGUGUCAAGAGAGGGGGUUUCAGUGUUUUAUGACACUGAAAAAACAGACAUUUGUCUGAAUAUAUUUAAUAAUGUAUGCUGUCUUGACUUCAACAGGAUGUUGAGAUUAAAAUCUUCCCUGUUCCUUGAUUGAUAUGAGACAUCUUGCUCUACUGCACAGGAUAUAAAGUUGGAUCAACAUUUGUGUGGGUUUGAAAGUAAAGCUUUCGACAAUAGGAAAUGUGUGUCAGUUAUCAGGUGUGUAUUAGUUCUAGUCACAGCUGUUAAACGAAGAAUGAAUGUACUCCGCGUCAGUCUCUAGGACCUCUCUCAGUUUCAUUCUGACUAUAUCCUUUAACCAGUUCUGAACCCUGUCACUUUAAAGCAUUGUGAGCUGUAUGUGGAAUCUUUGGAAAGCACAGUAAUGUAAACGUAUGUGUGUGUCUAUGUCUGUGUCUAUGUGUGUGAGGUAGAGAGAGACAGGUGAGCUUUGUGACUUUCAAAAAAUGCUUCUCUAAGUUGUGAAUGGAGACCUUUUGAAAGGGCUGUACCUGUUUGCUUACAUGCAUUGAUAUAUAGGCGUCUGUUUUUAUUAAGUCUUGUCAUGUGCGACUGAAACCACGUACAAUCGCUAUCUCCUUUGAUCACGUAUGUGAUUGUGGCCCUAGUAAGGUGCAUUCCUGAGUCCCUUCAGAGUCUGGAGCUGGAGGCCGUGGCACUAUCCCAGCCACAAAUUUCAUUCUAUUCUUAAAGCCCCCCCUGGAUGCUGUCCUUUCGGAAGAAAAGACUAUCUGGAUCCAGUGAACGUUUUUGUACCUCUUUUUUUAGAGGGAAUAAUAAUAACCGAAUUUAAAAGCAUAGUUCCAAAUGUUUUCUCAAAAAAUCUAGUGCAUAGGAAAAUAAAAGCGCUUCAUUUUCUUUUCAGCCUGUUUUUUUCAGUGAUGUAGAUUUCCAGGGAUGGUUUGCUAUCUUCCACUGGUUGUGGAUAGCAGUGGGAAAUAUUUCACAUUUCUCACCUCAAAAAGGACAAAUAGGAAAGUGGUUCUCCUGUGGUCACUCAAGCAGUUGCAGAGGGAGAAAGUGUGUAUGUAUUUGACCAUCUCAAAGUGUUUGUCCGGUGAAUUUGUUUUUAUUGUAGAGUGAAGGUGAAAUCUUAAUGUGAGACAUAAGACGAAUGUUUUGGGACAUUGGGUAAUGGCAAGAGAAGUUUUAUCUGCGGGAGGUCAUUUGUCUUAGUGAUUUAAAAGAAAAUGAAUACUAUGGGAUGGUAUUUAAAAGAAUAAAGGGGAAAGAUAGUGUGUAAUAUGUAGUGUAUUAUCAUGUACACUUUUUUUCAUUGUUGAGGGAAAAGGUAUGAUCAAGUCUCAGUGACAUCAAAUGAUGCAGCUGAACAGUCUAAGCAUUGAAUUGAUAUAGAUAAACAUUAUUUAAGUGUUAUAUGGUGUCUUCACAAUUACUUAAAAUUAUGAGGUGAGCUUUGAUUUACAGUAGGUCACCAUAACGAAUGAUCAUUUUCACAUCUCAUUGACAAGUGAAAAUUGCCCUGUUACAAUCAUCCAUUCUAUCUUAUAAAUGUUUGUAUUGCAAUUAUAUUUUAGGUGAUAUUCAUGUACACCGCUGUAGCAUAAAGUAUAGGGUUUUAAAACUUUUGAUAUUGUAAGUCAUACUUUCUCUAUUGUUCGUUUUGAAAAAUGUUCCCAAUGUGUGCAUUUUUCACUCUUUUUUUUGUGUCUUAACAAUCAUGAAUAUUGUUUCACUGCAGACCAUCAGUAAGUUAUUCAUUUUCUGACUGUGCUCAACUCAAAUCCAAACAAUUGAACAGAAUGCAUAAACCUGUGCAGUAUCAAACAGUAUGCUGGAAAUGACAUCACAAUCUAGGAGGGGGGGGGGGCAUCCUGGCAUCAGAGUGCAUUAUGAUACUCUCAAUUGGGAGGUUUGUUAAACACGAAGCCAUGAUGUCAUUCACUGCAGUACAGCGUUAGUUCGGUGAGGUUCUGGCCAUUGCUGGGAAACAAAGCAGGAUUCGGACCGUCCUUACCUUCUCUCUGUGCCAUAGCUGAAAGCUGUCUGGGGAUGAGCAUGAAGCUGAUGUCUUUUGGUAAGAGGUUCUGGGGUCCUUGUCUGUUGUGUUACAUUGGCAUUACUCCAGUGAGUUGCCUGUUUCUAACAACCCCUGUGGAUGAUGCGGACCCCUAUGUGUGAGUGUGUGUGUGGUUGCGUGCGUGUUUGAGCUCAAUGUGAUUAUGCAUCAAUGCGUAAUAAUAGUAAUAACAGUAAUAGCAAUGAAGACUGAUUCUGAUGCUGAAAUGAUAAAUAAAUUAACAAUAAUGUGGACUUUCGAAGUUGUAACACUGUUUGAGGUUUAAUAAGAUACUUUACUGAUGUAUUUGUAGCAGAUAUUUUUUUUCCUUCAAUAAAAACACUGACGCAUCCCAACCUA